AAAGUGACAUGUUUAUGGACCCAGAACUAGCUAAGACAGUUCUCUGUGUACAUGCGGAUCACUUCAAGAAUCUUCUCGAUGAAAGAAGCUCGUAUGGUUUGUUAAAAGACUUCGAUCCGCUCACAGCCAUGCAGAUUAAGACGAAUUUAGAUCGACAUCAUUGUGAUAACACUGAAAACUCAGAUGCUUGGAACAAAAUGAGUGAAGUAGAACAACGCCCUGUUUAUCGAGACUACAUCAAUCAACUUGUCGGCUAUGCAGGGUUUCAAGAUGUACAAGGCAUCAUAUCGAAGAUUUCAUACGCCCGAAAGAAGGCCAAAUCCGAUUUGGCUCUCUGGGUGUAUGGAAAGCUCUCAACCUUCGAGAAAAGGACUGUUCAAAGGAACACUCAAAUCCCUCCGACAGACAAAGUUAAGCUCUCGAGGCUCUCUGGUGGCGACAUAAAAGUGCUUUCUCAGUACUUUCACUCGCUUUUGGACAAAUCCAAGUGCUGUAUCUGUACUCGAAUAGAAAUAAAGGAUUUUAAUGAAACAGUUUUCUUCCACUCUGAAAGUGAACGGAUGACAAAACAGUCGAGAGAAUUCCUCGCCCUGCUUCAGAAGAUCAAUCCUGGGUUGUGCCCACCAAAGCAAACAUCAUGUGUGUGUAUUCAGUGUCUGAACGAUGUGAAAGACAACUAUGACAGGGUGAACACUGCUGUUUCUAAGAUUGACGAAUCCUCUUGGGAUGAAGAAACUAUUGCCAUCCAAGUGGAAAAAGUCCCGCCUUUUUCACCCCCCUCAAGUAGACCUCAGACCAUGUGGAGACCUUCCUCAUUUAGUUCCCAAUCAAGUGGACCAGAUGUUGAUAUGUUUGAAAUGGACUGGGACUUGUGCUUCAUAUGCCAGAUCGAUCAGACGUUAGAAACGAAAAAGGAUAGUCUGAUUCAAGGAAAAGAUGAAAGUUUCUUCGUCGAUUUCGCAACAUGCUAUCUGUGGAUGUACAGAAAUCGUCCGGAUCUGUGCAACAUUGAUGUUAAUCCUGAUGCGCAUAUGAAUAAUUGCCCUGUUCUUACCCCUGAGAGUCUUGGAAAAUAUCUCUUUAGCAAGCUAGGUAGAUAUCACAAAUCGUGUCGUGUGAGGUACAGCAACUCUAGAGUGAACAAAGAGAAGGGUAAAGUAUCUGUAAGUUUGAAACCUGCCUCUAAGGCUGCUAAAAGGGAAAGACACGUGUCUGCGCACGACAACACCAAUGCUGCAUUAAUGAGUGCUGGUAUUGACACUGUACGGACCUUUUUACUGGAGCAGGAGAAGUUUUCACCAGAACUUUACCGCGUGUCUGACCUGCAGCUUAAGUACAAUGACUAUGUGACGUCUAAUCUACCUGAGAACACCGCAAGCUCCAGCAAUGUUUUAUCUGAUCACAUCACUAAGUUUUCAGAGAAACUUGCGGAAGCAAUCCCUGGACUAAAACGAUUCACUGUUGGUAAGACGUGUUAUGUGUGUUUCGACAGCAUGAUCGUUGCUAGUCUUGCCGCAACAAUAGAUGCGGAGAUGAAUAGAGAUGAUGACACGUUAUCAAAGACAGCACUUAUAAAGGAGAUCAGAAAAGAACUCUUUCGAUAUAGAAACGAAUUCGUAGGCAGGUUUGAUGCAUCAAUUCUCUCGAACACUCCUUCUCGACAUUUACGAGCUCUGUUGAAUGAGAUUCUGGACGGAGAUGAAGACUCGAUAUCAAAAGAAGCGGAUAUGGUUACAGAUAUCAUCCAAUUCAACUGUCGGGGGAUUUUUAAAAGUAAAAGAAAGACAAGUUUCAGAAAGAAAAAUCCCAUGAAGGAAACGCCUCAGUUCCAGUACAUAUCUCUGCAUUUGUACGGCAUUAUUCCGUCGCGAACACUGUUUGAUUUUAUUUACAGUAAUGGAUUGGUGCUGAACUACCAAAGGAUACGGGAGUUAAUCAACAUUCUUGUCGCCACUUCUUUGGAACAGUUCAACGAAGAUGGUGCAGUAGUGCCACUCAACCUCAGAUUAAAACUGUUCCUUAUUGGUGUGAAAGACAACCUGGAUAAACAUGCUCUCAGUACAACUGGUCGAGAGGGCUUUCAUGGCACUACCGUUAGCUUGUUUCAGCAACCUACCAGAGAUAAUGUGGGAGAAAAACGAUCUCGUCCACAACUAUGUCAGGUUGAUUCUGAAACAACUUUUGAGGUUCCAGAAUUCUUCAGACUGGAUUUUGCUGACUUUACUGAAGUUCAACCAAAGAAAACCUAUCAGUAUUUUGCGCCUUAUGAGUGUGAUUCGCCACUGAUGAUGGAGCACGAACAAUCCACGAAGAGUUCCUUGGACGAAGAACGGAAGUGGCUGGAGAGUGCUGCCGAAGUUGUGCAAGCAAUUCAAGAGCCAGAGAAUAUCACAAUUACAAACGUGGCGUACCAUUCUCGGCAGGAGAAUGCAGUGGAGCCGCAUGAACACCUCACCAUAAGUGCGCUCCUGCCUGUCCAGUUUGAAGUCGCUCACACCUUCAAGAUGAUGCGACACUGCAUCGACCUAAUAAAAGCCGCCAAGGAUGUGCUGAAUCCCUCGCAGAAAACAACAGUGGAUGUUUCUGAUAUGCCACUGUAUGCUCUUUCGAAGCAGAUUCAGUUCACCAUACCAGAUCAGUACGGCUUACAACUUUACUUACCACUCAUGGGAGAUCUUCACACGGAGCAGGUUUGCAUGCACAUUCAGUCUCAGCUCUUGGAGAAAACUGGCUUGGAGGACAUUCUCAGUGCUUGUGACAUAUCUGUAGUUUCACCUUCAAAUGCUGUUCUCAGUGUACCUAUGAUUACACGCGCACGCUACAUGAUGGAGGUUAUUGCGAUCACACUAGAAGUUCUCAAAAGGAAAGCAUACGAAGAUUCGUGCAGUGAUGUCGAGAUAGAUGCCUGGAGUGCUAACUGCUUCUCAAAAUAUGUCAAUUUCGCUUACUGGGAGACGGUUCUAGAAUUUCAAAUAACAGUCCUGGCUUUUAUGAGGUCAAUACGAGAGAGAAAUUUCGAGAAGAGUAGGGCUCUGUUGUCAGCACUGACAAAAUACUUCUUUGCCCUCGAUCACACCAAUUACGCUAGAUGGACCCCAGUGAGCCUACUUGACUUAGAGAACUUUAAAAAGUUGAUUCCAGACGAGUAUGAGCAAGUGAAGAAUUUCUUCACUGUGACCAAAACUCGAUCGAAACAUUCUGCCAUUGCUUUAGACCAAGCCCAUGAGCAGAAUAACGCAAAGAUAAAGGAUAUCAAGGGUGGUCUAGCUUUCCUUUGUUCCGACGAUAAGACGACACUAUUGAAAUGGGGUCUUUACAGUCCAGAAUUCCUUAGGCUACAGGAGGAAUACGAAGCAGCCGUGAACCCUACGGCGCCUCCAACUGAUGUAAAGAAACAUCAUAGUGACUCUGUUACCCACCAAAAGGAGUGUCUAAAGAACAUCAAGAAACUUGAAAUGGCUGUUGGGGGUGUUUUAAACCCAUUCGCUUCGGAAUCGUCCACACUACGUUCAUUAAGAGAUGGAAUGGAGAUCCCACAGUCAGCUGAGAUUGAAAAUUCAAUCAGGACUCUUAAGGCAGUUGGUAAUGAACAGUAUAACGAGUAUGUAACAGAACGGCUACUCAAACCACUACCUGAGAGGAAGCCUAUUACUGACGCUAUUCACAAGAACAAUCUCAUCUUACCCAAAAACAGCAAUGCUGCAGAAAAGAAAGGGCAAGGGUUAUCAGAUCGAGACGAGAAAGCCCUUGUUCGUGAUCUGCAAGUUAUUGGUCUUCUAAGACCAAAUGAAGUUAAAGAUGCCCUUAGGUACGAGCCUAAAGGUUUUCCCUUGGUGUUUAUGACGAAAGGAAAAAUGUACCAAAACCAAAAGUCAGCAGUACUAGACCGUUUCAAGGCAUAUAGUGCGAACCUUGAGCGACCUGAUGUUGAAGUGGUCGUUGUAGACUUAGCUCACUACCUCUACAUGUUUUCAAACAGAACAGGAGUCACGCUCAUCAGACAUAUGUUCAAUGAGAUUUGGAACGCAAUUGAAUCCUUGGUGCAGAAGCAUAAAUGCAAGACACUUGCUUUGGUGCAAGAUCGGUAUGAUGUCCCAAAUCCACUAAAGGCUCAACGUGGAUCCGGUCUUCGCCAGCGUGUGACACUAGACUCCCCGGUGCCCAGCCACUUUAGGGAAGAUUAUAUGAAGAAUCCUCAGAACAAAGAAGAGCUGUACGAAAUGUUCAUGACGUUUUUGCAUGAACGGUCGUUAGAAAAGGUGGAGAUGAGAAUCUAUGUCACCAAAAACUCUAGAGUUCUCUCAAAUAGAGGUCCAUCCUUUUUUGAGCCAAGCAACCACAUCGAAGCUGACACCCGUGUGGCUCUCUUCGUGAAAGAUGCGUUGCAAAAAAACUUCAAGAGAAUUCUUGUGAGAACUGGUGACACUGAUGUCAUAUUUAUUCUUGUUGGACAGUGUCGAAAGUUUCUGCUGUUGAAUAAGAACCUGCAACUCUUUGUUGAUAUGCACACAAGUUCGUCUAAUAAGGGUUCUUCCAGUUACAUCGAUAUAGUGAAAAUAGCGACUUCUAUUGGAAUCAAUAGGUCUGUUGGACUACCUCUUCUUCACGCCUACUCUGGAUGCGAUUAUACGCCCAGCUUUUACGGUAUUGGAAAAUCGAAGUGGUUCGAUACAUACUUGUUACACCCAGAAGUCAUGGACAUGUUCACAAGGAUUGUGGAGAAUCCUGAAUCAGUACAAGAAGCAGAAAUCGUCAAGAUAACACAGUAUACCUUAGCUGUGUACGGGGUGGAUGAUCCUAAAAAAGGCCUGCUAGAGGGCAGAUUUGAUCGACUUACUUCAAAGAAAAUUAACACCUUUCGUUCGCUGCCGCCAUCACCUGGUGCUGCAAUCAUCCAAUUCCGUAAAGCUGUUCAUAUUGCAGCACAUAUCUGGGGCAAAGCGUGUGAACCUGAAAUAACUCCGCCAGAUAUGUGCAGCCCACUACAAGGGUGGAAGAAGGUCGGCGAGAACGUGGAACACAUUUGGACUGUAACACCUGAGCCAACUGACAAGGAUCGCUACGCUUGCUGCAAGAAGACAUGUGGUUGCAGAAGAAAGCAGGACAUUUGUCAAGGAAGAUGCUCCUGUCGUGAUGCAGACAUGCCUUGUCUUUAUUUAUGUAAAUGCAGAAGGAAAUGUGCAAGUUAACGUCUUAUAUCAACGUUGAUCCAAAAUGUAUAUAUAGGAAAACCUAUUAACAAUUAAUAUUGUAACCUUGAUGCCUGCAUCAUAAAGAUUUAUUUUGAAAAUGAUAAAAUUAGGACACUCUAAUAUAUUUCUAACCCUUUUUCGAACAGCUUUCCAUGUCCAGUCCACAUUAAGCCUUAUUUCAAGGGAAAAAGUUGAUUUUAGAUAUUAUUAUUCAUAUUUGAUAGUAAUACGUGAAUCGUAAGAAGAUUUAUCUUCAAAAACAUGUUCGAUUUACUGAUUAGAUCGGUGGCAUCUGUAGAAUAUAGUGUUUAUGUGGAUCAAUCUGUUAAAGCAGGGCUACUGUAUCAUUUUAACAUUAAUUUUGCAUAGUG